UUUUAAACACGCAUAAACCCAGCUGCCCAAAACAACCGCUCAAACCAAAAUGAAAGAGUCCACCGCCUACGAACCAUCUCCUGUACGGUGGAAAAACUGUGGGCUCCGGCCGUCAAAAAGUAGUAAACUUACUAGUGGGGUCACCAAUGUUACUACUAGGCGUGAGUAGUGGCGGAGUUGUUAUGAAAUUGGGGAAUUGCUCGUGACAUAGUGCGCGCAUCACCACACCACACCCACACCCACCCCAUAUGGUGAGGUGGUGGUUGUUGCCCCCCACCACCUCCACCUCUCUCUUAACUAAUCACACACCUUGACCUCACCCACCCACCUUUUUAUCCAUUAUGUUACCCACCGCCCCCGCCCCUAUUCCCUCCUUUUCUUUAUCUACGCCCACCCUUUCCUCCCUCCCUCAUGAAAUUAUCCAUGUCUUCCACCGCCUCCCGCCGCGUCCCUCCUCCCUGCUGGACCCACCAGGAAACCCUCGCUCUCAUCGGAGCUUACCGCGACAAAUGGUUCUCCGUCAACCGCGGGAAUUUGCGCUCCCCUGAUUGGGAUGCUGUUGCUGCUUCUGUCGCUGAGUCCUCUCCUGUCCCGGCUGACCCGCCUAAGUCUUCCUUACAGUGCCGGCAUAAGAUCGAGAAGCUGAGGAAACGGUAUCGUAUGGAGAAGAAGCGGUGUCUUGAUCAUCCUGGUAGGUUUUUCUCUUCUUGGGAUUUGUUUCCUUUGUUGGACGCUAUGGCUAUUGGCUCCUCUCCUGGAUCUAAACGCUGUCGUGUUGAUGACCGUACUGGUGACGAUAGGAAAUUGUUAAAGAAAUCUAGGGGUAAUAGUGUAAUUGAUGAGGGUUUUGAACAGCCUGAUGAUGAGGAUGAGUUGGGUGUGGAUCAAGAUUUGAUUUUUAGGUCUAAUAAAUAUGGUAGAGCUGAUUAUUUUGAUGGUAAUGUUGCUGCUACUGGUGUUGAUUUAGGGAGUGAAUUUCGCAUGAAAAAUCCGGUUUUGGAUGUCAAUAAUUCUGUCUCUGUUGCAUUUAGGCCUAAAGAUUUCAAUAGUGGACAUGUUGUUAAUGCUAAACUUAUAAAUCCUGAUGUUGAUUAUCAUCAUGAUUUUAUUAAAAUGGAAAAUUCUCAAGUUCCGAGAGUGAAAGCUUAUUCUAACGCUAACUAUCGGAAUGUUGUUGAGGGCGGUGAUGGGUAUGUCGGGUUUCCUUUGAAAACAUUAGGUGAUGUGCCUACAGGGUUUAACCCUAAGAUUUAUAGAAAGACUGAGGAGAGGAAGUCUAGUCAUAAGCUUGUGAGUGAAGUGCAUUACAGGACUGAGAAAAGAGGUCAGUUUGGAGAAAAUGCUGUUGCCAAUCAUGGUUCGGUUUCACAGUUGCUUCCAGCUCCUAUAUUCAGGCAAAAGAACUUUAUCAACGUUGAUGGAAAUCCUAAGUUUGAUGUUAAUAAUUCUAAGGCUUCCGGUGGUAACGGUGAUUUUAGGAAGAGUGGCGCUGAAAAUAGUAAUGUCAAGGAAGUGACUGAUUCGUUUGCUGAGCUAGUUUCAGCGAUUAGGCUGUCCACGGAAAAUUUUGUCAAGGUAGAGAAGAUGAAGAUGGAAAUGGCAAUGGAAAUGGAGAAAGUGAGGAUGGAGACGAUGUUGAAGCAUAACCAGAUGAUACUCGAGUCACAACAGCAGAUCGUAAACACCUUUGCGAAAACAAUCAUGGAAAAGAAGGAAAAAAAGAAGAAGAGGAAAGAAAUGGAAGAGUUAUUGCCCUGUCGAGACAAAAAUGGAGAGAUUCAAGUUGCUGCAACCGACAGUGAAAGCAUUGGCAGAAGUGGUAUUGCUAAAGAAGAAAUCGAAGGUGGUUUGCCUGAAUCUUGAUUGUCGGAUCCGAUGAUGGUUGUGUCCCAGUUUUUGUUAUUAUAAGUUUAACAGGGAUAGAAAUGCUAUAAUAGAAUUGGAUAAAUUUGAAGGUGAUGCUGUGUGGUCCACUCCACUGAUUGGCCGGCUUAAAACAUAGGCUUAAUGAUGCAGUAUUUCCAGAGGAUCAGCGCAUUGCCGUCUGCUUGUCUGGUUAGGGUAGGGUGCUGCAGGCUAGGACUGAUUGUUUUCAAGGCUCUCUCUCGGCAAAGGUGGCUGAAAUUAUGGCCAUAAGGGAAGCUCUAAGUUAGUUUAAGGGGAACUCAUAUGUCCUUGCUGUAUCUGAUGCGUUGGAUCUUAUGCCUGGAACAGACUUGCUAUGCAGUCGAGUCUGAGUUUGAGUUAUACCAAGUAUGAGCUCUAACUUGAAUAUGUAGAGUUUAUGAAGUAUGAGCUCGAGCUCGAAUAUGUUAUAUUAGCUCGAACAAAUUUAAAUUCUCAAGGUCGAAUUCCGACGAUAUUUAAAUUAUUUGAAUUUGACUUGAGUCUAAUUAAAAUAUUAUGGAAAAAAUUGUCACAAGUGAUAUUUCAAAAACUUUUCCACCAUAAGGUACAGGAUAUUACCAAUUAUGAUGGUAAAUUUAGAGUUAUUGAAGACAGAAAAUGAAUUAUUAUUUUAUAUUCGUAACACUAUUUGUAAA